AUGUCUGGCAUCAACUACUACCAGUUGCUCGGCCUCCGGGCUACUGCUUCUGAUGGUGAAAUUCGUCGAGCCUACCUGCGGCUGAGUCUCCAGUACCACCCCGACAAAAGACGGACGCCUGACGCCGACGCCGACGAGCUCUACCGCAACAUCCAGGAGGCCUAUGAGACUCUCUCCUGUCCCGAAAAAAGGUGCCUAUACAAUUUCGUUGGAUGCUUCGCGGCGCUUGCGGAACGCCGUACACCCGGCGGUGCCAACGACGCGCAGCUACAUCCUCAUUCGCCGUAUCGGUAUUCUAUCUCGCCGCAGCCGCCGUCAGCUGCGUCCGGCGAUUCCACCGCUGCGGCCGCAGCCGGCGGCGGCGGUGGCGGGAGCGUGUGUUUCAGUCUCCCUGGCGGCGGCGGCCGCCGGCCCGCGUCAGCUGACGUGUACCACCGUCUGUUGUUGACGCUGGAAGAGAUGUACAGCGGUUGUGUGAAGCAGCUGAGGCUGGCGAGGCGAGUCGGGGCCUGUGCGGCCUGGCGGUCUGUGGAGGAGCUGUUUCGAGUUGUCGUACAGCCGGGCUGGCGCGAGGGCACGAAGGUCACCUUUCCCGGUAAGGGCGACGAGCUCCCCUGCGGCUCCCGCGGUGAUAUGGUGCUGGUGGUGGCUCAGGCCGCACACGAGCAGUACGAACGGCACGGCAACGACCUCCACACGGUCGUUAUCGUACCUUUGGUGGAUGCGCUAACUGGCGGCGACACGGCCAUCACCACUCUGGACGGUCGUACGAUUGUACUGCAACUAGGGCCCUCCUGCCUGCAGCCCUUUAGCGAAUUCGUGGUUAAAGGGGAGGCGCCUACCGCCGCCGCCGCCGCCACCACUGCUGCUGCGGCGGCGGCGCGCGGGGAUUUGCGUGUUCGUUUCGAAGUCUCCUUCCCAUCUGACCUAACUCCUGAGCAGAAGUCGGAGCUGCGACGUGCGUUACUCGAGUAG